CGUCAUCUCGCUGCAUGACGAGUAAUCACGCGCAUGCGUUUGCGCGCCAGUGCAAUGGCAGUGACGAGAGCCGUCCAGGCGCAUCAGCCCCACCGACUACCUCGCCGCCCGUCCACAGGACUUUGAACCUCGGCGCGCGUCGGCCACCAUCGUUUUCUGCCAUGCCGCUCUUCGCGCCCCCAGCUCCAGCUCAGAUGAUUGCUCCUCGGACAACUGCUUCAGCUCAGACGACUGCUUCUCGGACAACCGCUCCAGCUCAAACAACGACGCCAGCAAAUGGGGCUCUCGAUCGCACAGCGACCUCGCCGCCUUUGCCGACGGUGCCGCCGCUGCCACCCACAGCAACAUGUGGGAUGGAGCAACACGAGAAAUGGGGUACUGUCCUCAGGCACCACGUCCCAAACGCCACGGACGCCGAGCGCUUCCACUACGACUUGGCGCGGUUUCAGCGCAAGAACGCGGCGCCAAUUCACACGUUCGUUCGGUUUCUGGGCGCGGAUGCGUCCGGUCUCUUUUUCGAGGAGCCCGGCGUGGCUUGGAGUGCCGCGUUUGACCGCGGGUGGCCAGGAAGGGACGCUUCUUGGAGCCGCCUCCAGUUCCUCCGCGAUGUCACCGACGCGAUUGCGUUUCUUCAUCGACAUAUGCGCGUCCAUGGCGGCUUGACGCCAGCGCACUGCUUUGUUGACCGCCACUUCACCGCAGGCAAGGUGUACGUCGCUCCCGCAACCACCGCCAUUUCGGCCUUUACGGCCCCGGAAGUCGGCGCCGGUGGAAGCUACGAUCUGUUUGCUGCCGAUGUUUAUAGUCUCGGGUGCGUUCUGCGCUCGGUUCGGGGACUCGACAUGUCGUACGAAGCAAGCGACUUGAUCGAAUGCAUGACGAACAUUGCGCCACAACAGCGACCGACGAUGGCGACCGUGGUCCAGCACCCGGUUUGGUGGACGACGCAAGAGAAGUUGCGGUACCUCCAAGACAUAGCGCGGUACGACGUCGACCAUGCGCGCGUUGCGAUCUGCAAGCGCAUGCGACUGCCGUAUCAGUGGCAGUCCAAGAUACCGCCGGUUGCACUGGUCGCGAUGAACGAGCACCGGACGUACAACAACACGGUGUUUGCACUUGUGCGCUGGAUCCGCAAUUUCAAGGAGCACGGACGCGACCACGAACCAAGCACGUGGUUGGCGCUCCACACCGCCGUUGGGGACACACGGAUCGUCGACGUCACGGACCUUGCGUUUCAAGAUGCUUGUCUUGGCGCUUUUGUGGAAAAAGCAUUUCCCUCUCUUGUCCUCGACCUUUGGCGCAAUCUUCCCGUCUCGUAAAUGACGAAAGUUAAAUGAUGUUUGGCCAAGUCGCAUGUCCG